AUGGACCCCAAUCCCGACACACCCACNCCCCAACCCUCCCCAGGUCUCUUCCGCUACGUCCUGGGCUUUCUCCUCGUAGGCGCAGCAUGGGGCCUCACAACCCCCUUCAUGCGCCGCGCCGCCGUCGCCUCUUCCACCACUCAAACACCCGAAUCCCGCGUCUGGCUCGAACACCCCAAUACCCCAUGGCUCAAAGCAAAGGUCUGGGGUGUGCUCUAUGGCGUUUGGGACGUGUUGAGGAAUCCAGCUUAUGCGAUUCCGUUCUUGAUUAAUGUGACUGGGAGUGUGUGGUUUUUCUUGUUGAUUGGGCAGGCUGGCGAUGGUNNAGAACUCAGUCUUACUGUUCCCAUUACAAAUUCGCUGGCUUUUCUGUUUACGGUGUUGGGAGAGUGGUGGGCGGAGAAGAAGGUCAUCACNAAAAGGUAG